AAAAGCUGUCCCCUCUUCCCUUCCCCCACCACCUUCGCUCUUUUUUGGAGGGGGAGGGGAAGGGGCUGCCGUUGGGGGGCUUGUUUAUUGGGCAGCCUGUUUCUUUUGGAGCAGAUGAAGGAAAUUGUGUGUGUGUGUGUGUGUGUGUGUGUGUGUGUGUGUGUGUGUGUGUGUGUGUGUGUGUGUUCGGAAGGGGCGGCUUUGGCUUAGCCUGACCGAGGCAGGCAGGCAGGCAGGCAGGCAGGCAGGCAGGCAGGCAUUAGGUCUGGGACCUGGGAAUCUCUAGGAAGGUAAUGCACAUUUACAUGGGAUUACGCAAGGGUAUGCUAGAAGGGCAAGGUUCUCUCCCAAAUCAAUAGCCCUUGGGGUGAGGUUGAAGCUUACCCAGGGAUUGCAGUGCCCUGGGGCUUGGGAGAAAAGUCACUGUAGGGCAGGGGUUAGCUUCCCCCCCCCCCCAAACCAGCUAUUUCCUAAGGAGGGAACCCAGCCCGGGUGAGCUUUGCUUGGAAUCUGGGGACACUGAGAGUAUGACUAGCUUUUUUUUUUUUUUUUUUGCAGGGGUUGGGGGUGGGUUCGUGGUGUGUCAUACAUAGGGUGUCCAAGAAGACUUCAGGAGGGACUGCUGGUCCGGGGUUCUUGCCGGGCAACUUUCCCGGGGAUGCUGUGGGCAGUGCUGGGGGGUCACUGGGUAAGGGAUGGAUGGGCACCUGUGAGGGUUUGGCGGCAGCGGCAGCGGUGGGGUUAAUGUGCUUGGAAAGGGAUUGCUUUGCACCAUUUGUGUUGCAGGGUGUAGUUAGAGAGAGAGCCCGGGUCUGCAUUAAAAUAGGAUGCCUUUGGGAGGAUGUUGGCUCCCAGUCCGGUCUUGAGAGAAGCUCCAUGCCCGCGCAGAUGGAAGGGACUCUCGGGCUACUCCAACGCCCUCUCUGAGUUCUCCCUAGCCUCUUGUGAAUUGCUGGCUGGUCGUGCCUCCCUUCCCCGGCUGCUCCACAGUCCCUCACAAAUGGGAACGUGUAGGGACAGCUUCAGAAAUUCAAGCGGAGGCUUUUGCAUCUGCUUCCCUAUCACCCUGGGUCAUCAAUUUUCAAACUCCAAGCAGGGCUGUCACCAGGCACCAAGGAGGAGCCUGCUGGCUUUCCCCUGCUUGUUACGUAAAAGACCCAGCAGUCCCUUCAUCCGCUUGGGAGCCGGGGACUUCUCUGUUUGAUGUGGAUGGAGUAGAAGCUCUGUGUGUGGGGCUCGCUCUGUCCCCUCCUGAUCUGAUUUCCCUACUGUCACUUCCCCACCCCCAAGCCCCCACCCAGCCCGAAAACUGCGGGCUUUUCUCUGCUGCUGCCUGUUACUUCCCCUGACUUAAUGAAAUGGGAACUUUGGGCCAUCUCAGGAGCCUGGAAGAGUCAGGAGCCAAUCCCUAGCCUGCCUUCUGGAAGGUGCCAGGAAGGGGCCAUGACCAUGUAGACGCCAGCUCUGGGGAGUAUCAGCAUGGGCAGCGCUGAAUGGGGAUGCCUGGGUCUGCAGUCUUGAGACCCUCCACCACCAACCUUCAAACUGGGAUCCCUGCCUGUCGAGGUGUUCCUUUCCGAGCUUGCCACAGCCUAUGCCACACUGGCCCAUCUCCAUUUUCUCCCUUGGAAUUGGAGCCGACUGCUCAGAGUUGCUAAAGUUGCUUCCUUCCAGAAAGCCGUAUAGACCUAUAGUUCUAAUUGGGAACCUGCUUCUUUCUUCCCUUCCCCUAAAAUAAAUAGAUAAGUAAAUAAUAAUAAUAAUAACCCUUGGAUCUGCCCAAAGUAGAGCAGGAACCUCAGCAAAAAUGGGAGACAUGACCAACAGCGAUUUUUAUUCCAAGAACCAAAGAAAUGAGGCCAACCAUGCAGGCGAAUUUGGAUGUACGAUGGAGGAGCUCCGCUCCCUCAUGGAACUUCGGGGGACAGAGGCCGUGGUCAAAAUCAAGGAGACCUAUGGGGACACUGAAGGGAUCUGUCGGCGUUUGAAGACUUCGCCUGUGGAAGGAUUGCCAGGAACUGCUCCAGACCUAGAAAAAAGAAAGCAGAUUUUUGGGCAAAACUUUAUACCUCCAAAGAAGCCAAAAACGUUCUUGCAGCUAGUCUGGGAGGCGCUACAAGAUGUGACUCUCAUUAUCCUGGAAAUUGCAGCCAUUAUCUCUCUGGGGCUUUCAUUUUACCAUCCUCCUGGAGAGGGGAAUGAAGGGUGUGCAACAGCCCAGGCUGGGGCCGAAGAUGAAGGGGAGGCAGAAGCUGGUUGGAUUGAAGGGGCCGCCAUACUUCUAUCAGUUAUCUGUGUCGUACUUGUCACUGCCUUUAAUGACUGGAGCAAGGAGAAACAGUUCCGGGGUCUGCAGAGCCGAAUUGAACAGGAGCAGAAGUUUACUGUGGUCCGGGGAGCACAGGUGAUCCAGAUUCCUGUGGCAGAGAUCGUGGUUGGUGACAUUGCCCAGGUAAAAUACGGUGACCUACUUCCUGCUGAUGGGAUCUUUAUCCAAGGCAAUGACCUUAAGAUUGAUGAAAGCUCCCUAACAGGAGAAUCUGACCAGGUCCGCAAAUCGGUGGACAAGGACCCCAUGCUGCUUUCAGGGACUCAUGUGAUGGAGGGCUCUGGCAGGAUGUUGGUCACUGCUGUGGGAGUGAACUCUCAGACUGGCAUCAUCUUUACCUUGCUGGGAGCUGGUGGUGAAGAAGAAGAAAAGAAAGACAAGAAAGCCAAGCAGCAGGAUGGGGCAGCGGCCAUGGAGAUGCAGCCUCUGAAGAGUGCCGAAGGGGGAGAUGGGGAUGACAAGAAGAAGGCCAACAUGCACAAGAAGGAGAAGUCGGUCCUGCAAGGGAAACUCACCAAGCUGGCUGUGCAAAUAGGCAAGGCAGGCCUUGUGAUGUCUGCCAUUACUGUGAUCAUCCUGGUGCUCUACUUCACUGUGGACACCUUCGUGGUGAACAAGAAGCCUUGGAUGCCUGAGUGUACUCCAGUCUAUGUGCAAUACUUUGUCAAGUUCUUCAUUAUCGGGGUGACUGUGCUGGUGGUUGCUGUGCCUGAAGGGCUCCCCCUUGCUGUCACUAUCUCUUUGGCUUACUCUGUGAAGAAAAUGAUGAAGGACAACAAUCUUGUACGCCACUUGGACGCCUGUGAGACAAUGGGCAAUGCCACAGCUAUCUGCUCUGAUAAGACGGGGACACUGACCACCAACCGCAUGACUGUGGUGCAGGCAUACAUUGGGGAUGUCCACUACAAGGAGAUUCCAGAGGCCAGUGCCAUCAACUCCCAAACUCUGGAGCUGCUAGUGAAUGCCAUUGCCAUCAAUAGUGCUUACACCACGAAGAUUCUGCCACCAGAGAAGGAAGGCGCCCUGCCUCGACAGGUGGGCAACAAGACCGAGUGUGGCUUGCUGGGGUUUGUCCUGGACCUGAAGCAAGAUUAUGAACCCGUGAGGAGCCAGAUGCCUGAGGAGAAGCUGUACAAGGUGUAUACCUUUAAUUCAGUCAGGAAGUCCAUGAGCACAGUGAUCAAGAUGCCUGAUGAAAGCUUUCGCAUGUAUAGCAAAGGGGCAUCAGAGAUUGUCCUGAAAAAAUGCUGCAAAAUCCUCAGUGCAGCUGGUGAGGCCCGGGUUUUCCGACCUCGAGACCGAGAUGAGAUGGUAAAGAAGGUGAUUGAGCCCAUGGCUUGCGAUGGCCUCCGAACCAUCUGUGUAGCUUAUCGGGACUUCCCAAGUAGCCCUGAGCCUGACUGGGAAAAUGAGAAUGAUAUCCUCAAUGACCUGACCUGCAUCUGUGUGGUGGGCAUUGAAGACCCUGUGAGACCAGAGGUCCCAGAAGCCAUAAGGAAGUGCCAGCGAGCAGGAAUCACUGUCCGCAUGGUCACUGGGGACAAUAUCAACACUGCCCGGGCUAUUGCCAUCAAGUGUGGCAUCAUCCACCCUGGGGAAGACUUCCUCUGCCUCGAGGGGAAGGAGUUCAACCGGCGAAUCAGAAAUGAGAAGGGAGAGAUUGAGCAGGAACGAAUAGACAAGAUCUGGCCCAAACUACGGGUCCUCGCUCGCUCCUCCCCUACGGACAAACACACUCUGGUCAAAGGCAUUAUUGACAGUACUCACACGGAGCAGAGACAGGUCGUGGCUGUGACUGGGGAUGGGACCAAUGAUGGACCAGCCCUGAAGAAGGCAGAUGUUGGCUUUGCUAUGGGAAUCGCUGGUACUGAUGUUGCCAAGGAAGCUUCGGACAUCAUUCUGACAGAUGACAACUUCAGCAGCAUUGUCAAGGCAGUGAUGUGGGGCCGCAAUGUUUAUGACAGCAUCUCCAAGUUCCUGCAGUUCCAAUUAACCGUCAACGUGGUAGCUGUCAUUGUGGCUUUCACGGGUGCUUGCAUCACACAGGACUCUCCCCUAAAAGCUGUUCAGAUGUUGUGGGUGAAUCUCAUCAUGGACACCUUUGCCUCCCUGGCCCUGGCCACAGAGCCACCGACAGAGUCCCUUCUGCUGCGUAAGCCAUACGGCCGCAACAAGCCGCUUAUUUCCCGCACCAUGAUGAAGAACAUCCUAGGCCAUGCAGUCUACCAGCUCACACUCAUCUUUACCCUUCUCUUUGUUGGUGAGAAGAUGUUCAUGAUUGACAGUGGACGCAAUGCUCCUCUCCACUCUCCUCCCUCUGAGCAUUAUACCAUCAUUUUCAAUACCUUCGUCAUGAUGCAACUGUUCAAUGAAAUCAACGCUCGGAAAAUCCACGGGGAGCGCAAUGUGUUUGAUGGCAUCUUCAGGAACCCCAUCUUCUGCACAAUUGUAUUGGGCACCUUUGCCAUUCAGAUAGUCAUUGUGCAGUUCGGGGGGAAGCCAUUCAGCUGUUCUCCUCUUCAGCUUGACCAGUGGAUGUGGUGUAUAUUCAUUGGACUAGGAGAGCUUGUCUGGGGACAGGUCAUUGCUACCAUCCCAACUAGCAGGCUAAAAUUUCUGAAGGAAGCAGGACGGCUCACUCAAAAAGAGGAGAUCCCUGAAGAAGAACUCAAUGAGGACGUGGAGGAGAUUGACCACGCCGAGAGAGAACUCCGACGUGGACAGAUCCUGUGGUUCCGUGGCUUGAAUAGAAUCCAAACUCAGAUCCGUGUCGUGAAGGCAUUCCGUAGCUCUCUCUAUGAAGGUUUAGAAAAACCUGAAUCUAGAACCUCCAUCCAUAACUUCAUGACUCAUCCUGAAUUUAGGAUAGAAGACUCGCAGCCCCACAUCCCCCUCAUUGAUGACACCGACCUGGAAGAAGAUGCCGCUCUCAAGCAAAAUUCGAGCCCGCCGUCGUCCUUGAACAAGAACAACAGUGCGAUCGAUAGCGGGAUCAAUCUGACCACUGACACGAGCAAAUCAGCUACCUCUUCGAGCCCAGGGAGUCCUAUACACAGCCUGGAGACAUCGCUUUAGCGGGAAACAUUCACAUCUCAAAAAAAACAAAACAAAACAAAAACAAAACAAAAAUAUACAAAACAAAACACAAAAAAAACACAAAAAACAAACAACAAAAAAAAAACCAUCGCCACCACCAACUCAGAAAGAACCAACCCAGAAAACUCAACCAUGAAACAGCACCAAGAAAACACAAAUAAACAAAAUGGGAGAGAACUAGAUCUCCACCCAAUAGAACCUCUCUCUGGCUGAGAAGCUGUUUGAGCUCUUUGUCCCUUGGAGGCAAGUGACGGGAUCCCUGAUGGGGGUUCUUGGGAGUGAGCGAUUGCCCAAAUGUGCCCUUCCUCGCUCCCGCCCAAACACAGACCAAACCCACCCAACCACCUUCCUGCAUGGACGUACUGUACACUUCCGGUCCUUCUCUUGUUUAUUAUUUUUUUCCUUAGGCAGGAACUGAAAAAAAAAAAAAGACUCCUUUCUGAGGCUUAUUUAUCCAAUUCACUGGUCUGUGAGUUUUUUGAACUGCUUGUGUGGCAUGGUCUCAGUUGUAGAGAUUAAUUUAAAUAACUUUUUUGAAAUUUGCGGGAGCUUAACUUGCACAGUAGGGUUCUACCAAUGGGACAAAAGAACUUCAUAGACACUAAUGAGAUUAUGAUGUCCAUUUCUUUGUAUCUAUAUUAACGUAUACCUCAUCGAGAAUGUAUACGUCCAUAUAGAUAGGUAGAUAUAUAUGUAUAUCUAUAUACAUGGAUAUAUAAAGGUUUUUUUUUUUUUUUGCUGGCAUGUUGCCUUGUUUUUGCUUAAAUUGCUCUAUUUUAACUUAUUUAUGUCUUAAAAGAAGAAUGUAAUUUGUUUACAAACCUGUAGAUAAACGUCCUUCACUAUUUGUAGGGUUAAGAACACUUCCUGCUGAGAGAGUAUAAAGACUGCUCAGCUCAUCAGAUACUCCUCUCAGAUUGCAUCCUCGAUGUUUUACGACCGCUCGGCUCUGAUUUUUUGCCUGCUCUUUUUUGUUCAGUAAUGUAGCUCCUGCUGGUGAAUGACAAAAAGAAGCCAAAAUAUAACAUAUUGGAUGUAGGAAUGUGCUCCACAGACAUGGGGUCGUGGGACUGGAAGCUUGACUCUGUUGGGGGGGAAAAAAACCAACACCAUGUGCAACAAUCAGGUUUAUUUUUUGUAAAAAAUAAAUAAUAAAUAAAUCACUAAAUUGCUCAGCCCGGUUUCAGUAUGCCCCUCACCGGCCAGAGGCCACCUAGGGAGCCAUUAGAUGGAGAUGGCUUCUGUGGAAUAUUUUUUAUUUUAUUUUAUUUUUUGGGAAGACUCCUCUUUACGAAACUCCUUUGAGUUGAUUGAGAGCAUUUUAAAAAUAAGUUAUAUUUGGCUUUAUGUGGAGAUCGAGGUAGUGUUGAAAUAUUGUGAACUCUGUUGUGUUGAUUUUUUUUUCAGUUAGUCACUUAGAAAUCGAUUUUCUUAAUAAUUCUCAGCUUAAUGAGCUGUUGGCAUUUGGAAUGAAGAUCGCUCCAGCUUGCUAUUUUUCUUUCUUUUUUUUUCUUCUUUAAUUUUGAAAGAAGACUCUCCAUUUCUCCCCCCUGCACUCUUCAGAUCUGAAUGAACUUUAUGAUGUGUAUAUUGAAAAUGUACUCUGUGUGAUUUUUAAACCAAGCUUGUCUUCCUGUAAUCACAAUAUAAUACUGUAGCCAUUGAACAGUGUGUCCUGCCUUCCUGCAAGGGAAGCCAUUCUGAACGCCUACAGUAUCACAGGUGAGAAAAGUGUUUUGUAGUUCUUUUCUCCUCCCCCCCAACCCCCCCGAUGGUAUCAGCACUAAUUAAUCAAAUUAAUAUGAGCUUACUUAAUUGCUACGUCAGCCACUUGAAUGCUAAGCACUUUGUGGGCCACGGCUUUUUUUCAUAAAGAACUUUUGUAUUUAAUACAAAGUUUGCUUUGAGACUUUUCAGCACACAGCCUUUUUUCCAUAAACUUGUACAGUGCAAAAGACAUUUUGAAUACAUAACACGAUCGGUGAUGUCAGAUGUAUGGAGGAAAGCAUCUUCCGACUCACCUACGAAAUUAAUUUGUCCUGCUGACCCCACAUACCCCGCCAUCUGUCAGGCCCCUCUUCUGAGCCUAGAACCUGACGAAUCAGACAAAAUCUUCUCUGCAUCCUGGCCAAGAUGGAGCAUUCUCUUGGGCAGAUGGCCAGGGUUAGGUAGAGUCUUGCCCAGUCACUGCUGAUGGCACAGCAAUGUAUCUGGUCCACACUGGGCUCCCCUGUCUGGUCUAAACUUUCCUUUAAAAGGGGACGGUGCCUAGGACAGCAGGGCCUUUGAACCCCUUUCAUUCACAUUGAGAACAGGGUCCCCAUAUCAACUGUAAACAGACCGGCAAUGAAAACAUCACUGAAUAUUGCUGAAAAAGCAACGGUCACUUAGGGUUCUGUUUCCACAUUACAAAUGUGGACUCCAACCUUAAUCUUCAGGUUCUGGAGUUGGGUAGGGGAUCCUGUUCUCUACUCUAUGAGAACGGGGAAGGCAUUGUGUGGACUUGCACAUCUGUGAAAUGGGUCUGUUCUGGAACAUGAUUUAGUUUCUCUGUCUUAACUGCAAUGGGUUAUUUUACUUUACCAAAGCUCUUCCAACCCCCUUCUCUUUUCUCCAAUAAUGUUCGUGUUUACCCGGGAAGAGCUCUAAACCAUUAGGGAAUCAUUUUGUGGAUUUGGAUCUCACAUGUGGCACUGUUUCCUCUACCCAGUGGCUUCCUGUAAAUUGAGGUGCCCAUAACACACUGGGCUUCUCUCCAAGAGGAACCAGAAAUCUGGGGGCGGGGAAGUGGUAUUGGGGCAAGACCUGGGUAGGGAAGGGGCAGGAAUCUAUAAGAAAUUUUGUCAAAGUAAUAUCCAUUUUCAUAAAUACCUACAGUUCGGUCUUGCAUCUUGGUCUCUUUUCCCAUAUGGCCUUCUCUUGUUGGGAACAAUGGCUCCAGACAAAUGGCGCAUGGAGAUCAUGAUUGGUUGAUUGAAGCUUACCACAGUACAUACACCUCCUGCAUCCUGCCCUCCAUCCCUGGCUGCAUGGAGUUUGUGCUCAACAAUAAAUAAUACUCUGGUAUAUUUGGCCAUCCAUCCCAGUAGGGAGUAAUAAUUUAUGUCCAUUCAUCUGUUUUUAUGAAUUUUUUUAUCUAGACAAUUGUAAAUAAAGAACUCACCGUCUCUGUUCAUUUACUACUAUGCAACGGCUAUGCUUUCUCUUACUCUGGUUCAUCUGACUUCUAUGGUGUGGUCCUGGAAUGUUUGUGGUUCAAAACAAAACAAAACAAGAAGAGUAAGCUCUUUGAUAUUAAUUAUUUGCUCGUUUGGAACAGAAUGAUUCCAACUGGACUCUAAUUUCCUGCCUUUUCUCUGCCUUUCCCCCCACUAAUGAACUUUCUACACAGGUGCCCCAGGAGAAUACAGCAACCUAAAAACUGGUAGAAUCCACUCCCACAGUAGCAUGGACAGCCAUGGUCUAAAUGUGUCAUUUUUUUUGGACUACACCAUCUCUAACCCCGCCAUACACAUACUCUAUUCCCCAGUGUGAGUCUGAGAACAUAGAUCACAGACACUGAACUGUUAUUCUCUCCCAGGCUCCCAUGGAUACUUGAGGGAUAUGGCUGGAGCCCUCUGGGGGAAGCCCAUGGAGUUAGGGGAUCAUGGCCCCAAGCCGCAUCCCUGCUCCUCCCUGAAAUAGUUAGCUUGAGGGAGCCAUAUUUCAGCCACACCAUGCACCGAGUAGUGUGAUGUAGACCCAUGGGAUAUGGCCUCCCCAUACCCACAUAGCCUUCUCCAGCACAGUACUGAGUUCUACAGGGGAAUGACCCUAGGUUCAGGGUGAUAGAUAGGAUGUCAGGAAGCUGAGACGUGAUAGAGAAGGGUGAUUUUAUUUUAUUUUUUGGCUGUGGGUAGCUCCUUUGCUAUAUACCCCCAAAGAGUGCUCCCUGGCCUUCCCCUUCCCCUAUGGAAUGGGGAAGCUAAAAGACCGGACCCGGCUCCAUGAGGAUCAGGAAGGGCUCUACUGCUUCUUGGAUGGAAGCUCUGAUGUCCCUGUGGAGCAACCCCUUUCUCUGCCUUCCCUCCCACCCCCCAGGGAAAGACAUCAGGGGAAUCUGUUUCUUUCCUAUCCCUUAGCUGGGAGAUACCGAUGUCAGAAUGACUCCCCAUCCACAACCUCUGGUCUUCUGCAUAUCGCAGGGGGGACCAGGGACUUCUCCCUAGAGUCCCGUGCCCUUGGGUCUGCUUUCCUACAACAGAUGAGUGGUAAAUCUAUUCCAUCCUACAGCCAAGGACGUCCCCACCUAUUUCUCCCUGAAGGUGAUGGGAAGAAGCCUUGCUUCAGGCAGCAAAUUCCUGCCGGUGAAAAGUUUUGUCCUGGAACCCCCUCCCCCAAAUCACUAUAAACCCAAUAAGUAUUUGGCCCUUUCCUAUGUGUGCCUACCCCUUGUGUGUCUGUGUGCUCACCCUUUUCAGACUUCCCCUGAUUGUUCUAAGAAGUCUAAAAGCUGCUAACUUCCUCACUAGACCCCAUCAGCCACCCCAAACCCCACAGGGUGGGUCUACAGUGUGCUUUGUGUUCAAGCCUACCAUAUCCCUCUUGCUCCCGCCAUUUCCCUGCCAAGCCUCCAUCUAAGGAAUUGACCUGGCUUCAUUAAGGACCAGAGGACAGCAAUAGGCAAUGGGCCCCUUCCACUCACCAAGCCAAGAGUCACCAUCACUAAGCCCAGCUUCCAGCUCUCUUCCUGACUCCUCGAAGGGACAGUGGCUGCUCCCCAACAUGGGACCAGGCUGAUGUGAGCGCCUGAGAAUUUAAUGUCUGUUGUCUACCCCAAUGCCAUGGAAAUACCGUCUUCGCUACAGUUUCUGUAGUUUUGUAAUUACGUGGCUCUCUCUCUUUGACCUUUUGCUGGUCGCCACACUUUCAUAAAUAUUGUAUGUAUAUUUUUUAUAAUCAAUAGUGUAAAGUUCUCUAUACAGAUUCCAAUGAUCACAGACCAGUCUCAAAGAGCUGUCAAUGCUUCGUGGGAAACUUUGGAAAACAUUUGGUUUUGGAAAAAAAAAUGUGCUUACACUGUAAUAUCUUUUAUUUUUCUGUAUCCUCCUGCCUUGCUCAUUGUAACAGUGUGUUCGUCCGCCUUUUCAACACUAUCCGAAGCAAUAAUAAUAAAUGCACAAGUGGAAACGCA